ACUUUCGAGUGUCAAGGCGAGGGAUGCCCAUCGUUCAUGCGAAUGCGAAUGCGAAUACGAAUCGUCAAUCCCUUAGACCCGCACGGCGAUGCGUGAAUGUUUCAAUUGAAUGCCGGGUCCACGCUGAUAUCAUAUCAUCGUGUUAGGUCUUGAAUGGCGUCCCCUUUCGAGCUGUGCAGUCAUGGCGGGUGCUAGUUUGUUGGGGUGAAUAAUUCCAGAAGGUGCUGAAGAAUUCACGGAGGAUGCUUCGAGGCCACCUCAUCACAGUCGCCUCGCCCUUCAUCAUGUUUCUCUGAGAACUAUCAGUUCAGCGGAAUCUGGGAGCGAGUCUGGGUAAAUUUACCCUCGGUGCCAGUUUACAUGUCAGAUUUUUGCAUUUCUAGCAUUGAACCUCGACUUCGCUCGGUUGUCUGCACGGAGUUGUGGUCGAAAGCGUUCCAUCUCGAGCCAAGAGCAUCAUAUUUACGGAGAAGGGUGUCCUAUGGCUUUCCAUUUAGCCCAGGUGUCACACAAUGCUGCAGUCACAAGGAGCUGGGGCAGUCGACGCGGUCGCUCCGGGCCGGACGAGUUGGCUCUGCAUUUGUGGCAGCAGCCAGUGUGCCAACGAAACCGAACAGGAUGGUCACCGAAAAGCACGAAUUUGAUGACAUCCAAGAUCUCAUAAUUUCGCCUCCUUCGGUGACAUCCAGCAAGCAUGUUGGAAGGCAGCUGCCGACGCUUUUGGAAAGAGAAGCGAAGGCUCUGGGAGGCUCGACAGUUUUCUCACGCAAGGAGAGAAUUGAGGCUGUGAAUGGUUUGCUGGAUCUGCUGGAGAUUAAAGGGGUCAGCUCGGGUUACGCCUUCGAGUUUGUCAGACAUGCAGGGGAUCUGAUCGACGACUUGAUAGUGGAAGCCAAGCAAAAGUUUGUUGAGAACGUGGUAGAUCUGAGCUCCCCGUUUGAAGAGGCUUUGGCAAAUGCGAAGGCCCCGGAGGGUUUGGGAUCGCUGCCGAAUGAGGUUUCAAUUGCGGAUCUCAAGAGAGAAAAGAAGAUCAGCAAACUAUUGGAAAUCAGUCAAGAGGAGGAGUCGAAACUGAGUGGAGACGCAACGUUAAGCGAGAGCAUCAGCGAGUUGGCGUUCAGAGUUUCAGUAUGUGCGGAAAGGAGAGGACUUGCUAGGCUUGUUCACUACUUCCAGCUCAUAGGCAUGAAAGCCCUGAACAUUCCCAAAGUGCUGCCUCACGUGGAACCAGGAAUUGACAAAGUAAUGGCCAAAGUGGAAUUUCUGAGAAGCUUGGGAGUGAAAUACCUCCACCUCCCAGUAAUAUUGGUAACGUGGCCGCAACUUCUCUCAUAUCAGUGUGAUACUUUGGCUUUGAACGUCGAUUACCUUGUGAGCCUUGGACUUGCUCACAAAGAUAUAGGCAAGAUGGUAAUCAAGUUUCCUCAAAUCUUAGGACGUGAUGUCCAGACUGAGCUUCAUAAGUCUGUAGAAAUUUUAGAAAACUUGGGAGUGCAAUUACGAGAUGUCAAGAAGCUGGUGGUUCGAUAUCCGGUGCUUCUAACAGAAGAUGCCCCAAAGAAGUUGGACCCGCUUGUCAACUACCUUACGGAAUUAGGCGUACGUAAAGAGCACAUUGGUACCGUGCUGAUUAGAAGACCAUUACUGCUGGACAGCGACGUGGAGAAAGAUCUGUUGCCUGUAGGCAAUUAUCUCAAAAGCCUGAACGCAAGUCCAGAUGACAUUGACAAGAUUCUCAUGUCGUUUCCUCAGUUGUUCUGCUACGAUGUUGACCAGGACUUUCGACCAACCGUGCUGCACCUUGAGAGCUUAGGUGUUGAACCUUCUCUUAUGGGCAAGCUUUUCAGGAGACAUCCUCAACUUCUCAAAAAUCGGCGGAGUCUUGAGCUGAAGUUGGACUUUCUUCUUAGUCUGGGUCUAGAACCGAAAGAUCUCGGUAAGGUCAUUUAUAAUGCACCUCAAUUACUGUGUUUGAGUGUUGGGGAGAAUAUGUUUCCCACUGUGAAAUUUCUGGAGAGUAUCAGUAUCGAAGGACCCUCGCUUUUGAAGGUUCUGAAACUCAAACCAAUGAUUCUCGCGUACAAUGUUGAGACCAAGCUGAAGCCAAACGUGAAGUUUCUGAGAAGCAUCCAAAUCAAGCAAGGAGAGAUUGGAAAGUUGGUGGCUAGACAUCCACAACUACUCACAUUGAGUAUCGACAGGAAUUUAAAACCUACCGUGAAUUAUCUUCUCAAGCUUGGGUUUACAAGAGGGGAUGUGGCGGAUAUGGUGAGGAAUCUGCCUUCCAUAUUAGGAUUCAGCGUAGUAACCGUCCUAGCACCGAAGUAUGGCUACCUGGUGGACGUCAUGAAGCGGUCAAGGAAGGAGGUUGUGCAGUUUCCCCAGUUCUUCAGCUACAGCUUGGCGAACCGGAUCAUUCCCCGGCAUCAGCGGCUUGGGAAACUCUUUGAUCUGGUCUCUCUGAGUAGUGUGUACGGCUGCAGUGAUGACGCAUUCGAGAAAAAGGCAGCAAAGUGGGACCAGUGUGGUCCUUCUCUCAGAUCUCCUAGGAAGAGGACUAACUAGCGCUCCACGAUCAUCACUUAAAGGAAGCUCUCAAAAGAAAUCACAUAAUUAUAGGGCCUGACUUGAUUUCUACACGAGGUCCUUUGAGACCAGGCAUGCAACAUUUCAAUCUCUCAAAUAGUAGAUAUUUGUUUGAUGUGACCCCAUCCAAUCGCAAAUUGUUUGAUGGGACCCAUCAAGUUUCAAUGUACCCGAUAGGACCUCACGGACGAUCCACGUCACACUGUUCUAGUAUGAAUAGAUGACGGUGUUUUGCCAAACAAAACGAACAACUACCCAGAAGCGAAUGGUGAAGCUUUGUGU